GUUUGGAAUAUCUGAUACAACGACUUGAGUUAUGGUCGAUUCCGGCCGUAGACUUGAGACAUGGCUGAAUCCUGCCAUAGCGGGACCGGGUUUUGGAGAAACUUUUCAUAGAUAAAGCAUUACCCAGAAACAUAACCAAGUAACAAACACAAAGGACAAUACUCAAUACCUUUGUACAUUCAUAGGUUGUCGUCAUGUGGGUCUCUUCGGUUUGGCCACGGGAGCAUCUCUGCCAAAAAACCCAAACAAACAGAACCCUCCAAAGAUGUAUCACUUCACUGAGAAUUCCUCUCUUAAACACCUUCCAUUAAUGGCUUCUCCAGCACUAAUACCUUAUCUCCCUCUCUCCCCCUCAUCAAGAAUACUGUUACACUAUUCACCACCCUUUUCAGCCCCUCAUGACUCCCUCCACCUCACUCCUUCAAAAUCUACACCUUUAUCUCCUACAAUAUGUACAAGGCCUAACAAGAGCUGCAACCCAAUUCAAUCAGUAAAAGUUUGUUCACAGUUGAGGUAUCCCAUCAUUUCUCCAGAUGACCAUUGGGGCACCUGGACUGCCCUCUUUGCCACAGGGGCUUUCGGUAUCUGGUCUGAGAGGACAAAAAUUGGGAGUAUGCUGAGUGCAGCCUUGGUGAGCAUAUUGGUUGGACUUGCAGCUAGUAAUGUAGGAAUCAUUCCUUAUGAAGCAAGGGCAUAUUCAGUUGUGUUCGAGUAUCUGCUGCCCCUAACUGUUCCUUUGCUGUUGUUCAGAGCUGACUUGCGGAAUGUGUUUAGAUCAACUGGGACUUUGCUCUUAGCUUUCUUGCUUGGUUCAGUUGCAACUGUGAUUGGAACUUUCGUUGCCUUUCUGAUGGUGCCUAUGCGAUCACUUGGCCAAGAUAAUUGGAAAAUAGCUGCUGCUCUCAUGGGGAGUUAUAUUGGUGGAUCUGUUAAUUAUGUUGCGGUUACAGAGGCACUUGGUGCUUCUCCAUCAGUUGUGGCUGCAGGAGUUGCCGCAGACAAUGUAAUCUGUGCUAUAUACUUCAUGGUAUUAUUUGGAUUAGCUUCUAAAAUACCUCCUGAGGUUUCAACCUCAACUAAAGGUGCUGAAGUGGAUGUGUCAUCCAAUUCGGAAGACAAAGUCCCUGUGCUACAGACUGCUACUGCACUUGCUAUCUCCUUUAUGAUAUGUAAGAUUGGCGCGUAUCUCACGCAACUGUGCAAGAUUCAAGGAGGUACUCUUCCAGCAGUAACAGCUAUUGUUGUCUUUUUAGCAACAUUAUUUCCAGCACAAUUUGGUUAUCUUGCUCCUGCUGGCGAUACUCUUGCUAUGGUUCUGAUGCAGGUAUUCUUUGCCGUAGUUGGUGCUGGUGGGAGUCUAUGGAAUGUCAUCAACACAGCACCAAGUAUAUUCUUAUUUGCUCUGGUUCAAGUAACUGUUCAUCUUGCUGUGAUUCUUGGAUUUGGAAAGCUGUUGCGCUUUGACUUAAAGCUAUUACUUCUAGCAUCGAAUGCCAACAUCGGAGGCCCUACGACAGCAUGUGGAAUGGCCACAGCCAAAGGAUGGGGUUCUCUGGUAGUUCCUGGAAUUCUUGCAGGCAUUUUUGGGGUUUCUAUUGCAACUUUUCUUGGUAUUGGCUUUGGAAUGAUGGUCCUUAAAUACUUGUAGAAGCUAACAAUACUGUAUAACAGAACCUUUUAUACUGUGUUGCACUAUAUGAAACUUGUAAUUUUUUUUAUGCGGUAUCAAAAUUAAAGCUGCUGCAUAUUGAAAUC